AUGGAUUUAAAUUCCGAAGCUGAUGAGAAUAUAAAAAAUGAGCAAAAACAAGAAGAAGAAGAAGAAGAAAAACAGCAUUUUCAUGUGUUGGCAGUUGAUGACAGUAACAUUGAUAGAAAGCUCUUGGAAAGGCUUCUUACUGUUUCUUCUUACCAAGUUACAUGUGUGGAUUCUGGAGAUAAGGCUUUAGAAUAUCUGGGGUUGCUUGAUAUUGAAGAGAAUGAAUUUUCAAGAACAUCAAUUUCUUCAUCCAAAUCAUCCCAGAAAAAGGCAUCAAAAGUUAACCUGAUCAUGACAGAUUAUAGUAUGCCAGGCAUCACUGGUUAUGAUUUGCUCAAAAGAGUCAAGGGAUCUACUUGGAAAGAUGUCCCAGUUGUAGUCAUGUCAUCUGAGAAUAUACCAUCAAGAAUUAACAUGUGUUUGGAAGGUGGAGCAGAAGAAUUCCUGUUGAAACCUGUCAAAUUAGCAGAUUUAAGGAAACUUCAUUCCCACCUCCUUAAUACAACUAACAUUAAUGACACCAAAGAACAGAAUGACAGCAUAAUAGACGAUGACCUCAACAACAAUACUAACAAGAGGAAGGUAACAUCACCAGAAAACUCGGAAAGAAGACCCCGAAUUCAAGAAUUGCCUGUGUCCUAA